UCCAAAACUUGAAAUCUCAAACAUAAGUACUUGAGAAGAAAAAAAACUCCAUAUAUAAUCAAUAUGGAGGGUAGUUCUUCUUCUUCUUCUAAGGGGAAAAAGGCCAUGCAAGAUAUAGAAAAUGGCAACAAAGGGAAGGAUGACAUCAAAUAUCGAGGCGUCCGGAGGCGUACAUGGGGCAAAUUCGCAGCGGAGAUACGUGACCCCACGAGGCAAGGCGCUCGCCAGUGGCUCGGGACGUUUGACACAGCUGAGGACGCGGCGAGGGCCUAUGACAAGGAAGCAUUUAACCUAAGGGGAAGUCGUGCUACUUUGAAUUUCCCUAAUGAGUAUUAUUCUAAGCUCAAUGAUCCUCCUUAUUGUAACUAUCGUACUUCAUCAAACAUUAAUUCAAGAAGAGGUUUGGAUAAUGGAAUUUCACCAACUGGUCAAGGAAAUGAAGUUAUUGAGUUCGAGUAUCUUGAUGAUAGUGUGCUAGAGGAGCUUCUUGGAGCAGAAGAGUCAAAGAUGACAAGAAAGGGAGGUUAAACUUUGUAAUUUUAAGUUACCUUCCCAUUUCCCCUCAUCUUUUUCUCUUCUUAUUUUGUUCCUUUUAUAAUCCUUCAAUAUGUAGAACUUAUUUUUGUAAUAUUGGCGUAAGUCGAAGUUUAAUUAAAAGGAAUAAUAUGAUCUCAUAUAUUCAAACCUCAAUUUGUUUGCGAUUGAGAUUUAGUUGUUUUUG